CCGGGAUUGGUUGUUUUCUGCAUGGUGAUUCGGGACAGCUCCUUUGAUGGCGAUGACAGAUCACAGCUUUGUUGUUCAGUGUUGUAGUGAGUUGUGCUAUGUGACUUGCCAGAUCAAGUUAUGAGGGCUGUUCAUGAGUGGAACGUCGUUUAUGAAAUAUGGAUGACAAGGCAUCUGUGGGGAAGAUCAGCGUGUCCUCUGACUCGGUGUCCACCCUGAAUAGUGAGGACUUUGUGUUGGUUUACAAGCAAGGGGAUGAAAUGCAUUCUGCAAAUAAUGGCAGUGAUGAUGAGAAGACUGGAUUAAAGAUUGUGGGCAAUGGGAGUGAGCAAGAACUUCAGAAGGAACUGGAAGAUGUUCUGAUGGACACACCAGGCGAUGACAAUAAUCAACAUGUAGACAACUUAGAAAGAACUUGCCCUGAUGGACAUGACCAGGAUGAGCCAUCAAAUGAAGCCUCCACUACAUCGUCUUCUAUAAAUCCGUCCUCUGUUGGCCUACAAAAACAAGACAUGAGUCUCCCAGUGAAACUAGCACAACAAGAUAGCGGGGACGAGCCUGAUUUGUUCUCUCCAGUGCCUGAUGAAGACAGUGUUGUAUUCAGUAAGCUCACCUAUUUGGGUUGUGCAUCGGUUAAUGCACCACGUAGUGAGGUAGAGGCGCUCCGUAUGAUGUCCAUUCUACGAGGACAGUGUCAGAACUCUUUGGAUGUCACCCUCUCUGUUCCCAAUGUGUCUGAAGGGACAGUUCGCCUUCUGGACCCACAAUCAAAUACAGAGAUCGCAAAAUAUCCAAUUUACAAGAUUCUCUUCUGUGUCCGAGGGCAUGAUGGAACUACAGAAAGUGACUGUUUCGCAUUUACAGAGAGUCAUUACAAUGCAGAGUUGUUCAGAAUACAUGUCUUCCGCUGUGAGAUCCAGGAAGCGGUGAGCCGCAUUUUGUACAGUUUUGCUACCGCAUUUCGACGCUCGGCCAAGCAGACCCUUCUGUCUGCACCUAUCCCACCGCAGACCCCUGACAGCGACAUCUUUUCUUUCUCUGUGUCACUUGAGAUCAAGGAGGAUGAUGGCAAGGGUUAUUUCAGUGCUGUUCCUAAAGACAAGGACAAACAGUGUUUCAGGCUGCGCCAGGGUGCAGAAAAGAAGAUUGUAAUUUAUGUCCAGCAGACAUCCAACAAAGAACUAGCCAUUGAGAGGUGUUUUGGACUCCUCCUCAGUCCCGGUAGAGAUGUCCGAAACAGUGACAUGCAUCUGUUAGAACUGGAGUCCAUGGGUAAAAGCUCUGAUGGAAAAUCUUACAUCAUCACAGGAAUCUGGAAUACAAAAUCUCCACAUUUCCAGGCUGUGAAUGAGGAGACACCAAAAGACAAGGUUCUUUAUAUGACCACAGCAGUUGACCUUGUGAUCACUGAGGUGCAGGAGCCUGUUCGAUUCCUCUUGGAGACCAAGGUCCGGGUCUGUUCUGCCAGUGAGCGUCUAUUUUGGCCAUUUAGCAAAAGGAGUUCUACAGAAAACUUCUUCCUGAAGCUGAAACAGAUAGAAAGAAAAGAAAGAAAGAGUAACUGUGACACAUUUUAUGAAGUGAUUUGCUUGGAAAGUGAAUCUGAGAGAGAGCGAAGGAAAACGACAGCAAGCCCAUCAAUUCGUCUCCCACACUGUGGACCUCAAGGACCUAACAUCCCUUCUCCACCUGAGGAUGAUGAGGAAGAAGAUAAUGAUGAGCCCCUCCUGAGUGGUUCUGGAGAUGUGUCUAAGGAAUGUGCAGAGAAGAUCUUGGAAACUUGGGGUGACCUUUUAUCGAAAUGGCAUCUGAAUCUAAGCGUGCGGCCCAAGCAGCUUUCGACUCUGGUGAGAAGUGGUGUACCCGAGGCUCUACGGGGAGAAGUGUGGCAAUUGCUCGCUGGCUGUCAUAACAAUGAUUACUUGGUGGAGAAGUACAGACUCCUCAUCACUAAAGAAUCUCCACAAGACAGUGCUAUAACACGUGAUAUCAAUCGGACAUUCCCAGCCCACGACUACUUCAAAGACACUGGGGGAGAUGGACAGGACUCCUUGUACAAAAUCUGCAAGGCUUACUCUGUAUAUGAUGAGGAGAUUGGGUAUUGCCAAGGACAGUCCUUCCUCGCUGCUGUUCUCCUUCUUCAUAUGCCUGAAGAACAGGCUUUUAGUGUCCUUGUUAAAAUCAUGUUUGACUAUGGACUCAGGGAGCUUUUUAAACAAAACUUUGAGGAUCUGCACUGCAAGUUUUACCAAUUAGAGCGCCUGAUGCAGGAGUACAUUCCUGACCUGUACACGCAUUUCCUGGAGAUCAGCUUGGAAGCACACAUGUACGCCUCCCAGUGGUUUCUUACCCUCUUUACAGCCAAGUUUCCUCUCUACAUGGUCUUCCACAUAAUUGACUUGCUCCUGUGUGAGGGGAUAAGUGUCAUUUUCAAUGUUGCACUUGGAUUGUUGAAAACCUCCAAGGAUGACUUGCUUCUGACAGACUUUGAGGGAGCUUUAAAGUUCUUCCGUGUUCAACUUCCAAAGCGCUACCGCUCAGAGGACAAUGCAAAGAAACUGAUGGAGCUCGCCUGCAACCUGAAGAUCAGCCAGAAGAAACUAAAAAAAUUUGAGCGUGAAUAUCACAUGAUGAGAGAGCAACAGGCACAGCAGGAAGACCCUGUGGAAAGAUUUGAGCGAGAGAACAGACGUCUUCAGGAAGCAAACAUGAGACUUGAGCAAGAAAAUGAUGACUUGGCUCAUGAGCUCGUUACCAGUAAGAUUGCCUUGCGCAAGGAUUUAGAUAAUGCUGAAGAAAAGGCAGAUGCCUUGAACAAGGAGUUACUGAUGACUAAACAGAAACUGAUUGAUGCAGAAGAGGAGAAGAGACGAUUGGAAGAAGAAUCUGCUCAGCUGAAGGAAAUGUGUCGCAGGGAACUUGAUAAAGCAGAGUCAGAAAUAAAGAAAAACAGCUCUAUCAUUGGAGACUACAAACAGAUUUGCUCCCAGCUAAGUGAUCGGCUUGAAAAGCAACAGACUUCAAAUAAAGCAGAAAUUGAGAAAAUUCGGCAAAAGGUUGAUGGGUGCGAGCGCUGCAGAGAGUUUUUUAACAUGGAGGGAAGAGUGAAGUUGGUUAAUGCAGUUAAGGAUAACACCACUGAAGAGGACACAGAUGAAGAGAAGGAGUCUCUGAAGAACCAGCUAAGAGAAAUGGAGCUGGAGUUGGCUCAGACCAAAUUGCAGCUAGUAGAAGCCGAGUGUAAAAUACAGGAUUUGGAGCACCAUUUGGGUCUUGCCCUUAAUGAAGUCCAAGCAGCAAAGAAGACAUGGUUCAACCGGACCAUCAACACCAUUAAAACUGCCACUGGUGUACAAGGAAAAGAGACAUCUUAACCCUACAUAUAUUGUAAAAUAAUCAUCUUUCUGAAAACACCGUUGCCUUUCUUGGCCAGAUAUUUUGGUUUGCAAAUGUGUAAGAGGACCUAGAAAGCAGCAUGACAGGAUGGUAGUAGGUCAGCGCCUGUAAGUUACUUGUGAGACUUAGGCAGCUCUUUCACCUCUUUAGCCAUUAUCCCUAUCUGAAAGGGAGAGAAGUAUAGUGAACCCCACUACUAAAAGAGACUAUUUUUACCCUGCCAUGAUUUGUGCAUUAAGUUAAAGGGUCCCAUUUCAACUUUUUUAAUGAAGCUAAGGGCACAUUCCUAAUUUAAUAACUUUGCAGAUAUUGUAGAAAUCUGAAAUCAAGUGAAUUGUGCUCACCUAUUCAAGUUUCAAGGAACCCUUGCAAUAUCUUGAAAUUGUGAUGUCUUGUUUGGCACCCGGGAGCAGAUAGGGGUGCGUUGCAUGGUGUCCAUCUUGCAUGGUGUUGGAGGUCAGUAAUAUGUCCAUGAACUGAAACCUGAUGGUGCAUAGUGUCUGCAUAUCACUUCACAUUAGAUUACAAUACAUUGUUGUUCAUGCUUCUUAAACAUUGAAGUUGCAUAUUAUUGGUCUUUACAGGGAGCAUUGCUUACAGCACUUUCUUGUUAAGUGUGUUGCAGGUCCCAUUUUGUGUACAAGGUAUAGCUGAAGUGUAACAUGCCUACAACACAGAUGUGAAGAGUAUUAUAUAGGUAAACAACGUACUAUAGCCCAUUCCAUUCGUAAUGAAGCAUAAAUAAUUCACAGAGGAUUAAAGCUGAUAUGACUUAACAUCACCUAACAGUGACCUUCACUUUAAUGUUAAAAUAUAUUCAAUUUUGGGAUUGAAAUUUGUAUACAUGUAUAUUUCCCUGAUAACCAACCUCAUUGGUAAAGGACUGCACACCUAUCACUGUCUACAGUAUAGAGAGGGAUGGCUGAUAUCCUAUUAUUCUGUACUAACAUAAACUACUGAACUAUAAUAGAUAGCUGCCAUUUAUUAGAAUCCCUAAGGCAACCCCAACUAUUCUACUUGCCGUAUGUAGCUAUACAAAAUGGCUGAGAUAGGGUGGGCCAGACCCGCACACCCUAACAAAUUAAAUGCACUUUGGUGCGGUAUACAGAGGUAUGUGCUAGGUUAUUUUAUUGUUGUUCUGUUCAUUUUGUUUAAGGUUAAGUAGCACCUAUCUGCCUAAUAAUGUCAGUUUGGAUAUGCCAACCUUCACGCCGCUAUUAUUACUAUUUGUUUUUUGUUUUUUAUAAGUGAGUUUGAUCAUUUUUCCAAGAGAACAGUUUCCAACACAUUGUAGGUUUUUUUUUUAUAGUAUACUUAUGAAGCCAAGUCAUCAAUUUACCAACAAGAAGAAAUAUUGUGCAUGUGGCUUAUCUUCUGUCUCCAGCACUUCUGAGAAGGUGAUCUCAGCCUUUCCACGGAGGAUGCUACAUGUUUCUGUAACCUAGGGGUAGUAUACAUACAGCAGUAGAAUAUCUGCACCUUAGGUGCUAAAUACAGGUCAUGUGUCAUUCCUUUGGAGGUAAAACUAUUGUAGAAGUCAGACUUAGAAUGGCAGUUUUGCACCUUGUAUGUUUAUUUAUUUGUAUGUGUUUUGCUUGUGUCUGUUGAUAAGGUUCUUCAGGGUGUAAGCUGGUUACACUAAUAAGCACUGGUUUGUAUAUAUAUAUAAAAAAAAAGUUUGGUUUAUUUUGUAUAUCUACAUUUUCUUUCUGAGUUUAUGUACUAACGCUAGCUACUGUAUGAUCUACAAUAUAUCCACAAGAUAACAUGAAUUGCUAAAGACUUUCCCCCAACUGCUACUGCUGUCUUCAUUGUUUAAUACCAAAAACCUAUUGUCCUUAUUUCAGGAGUGUUCAAAUAGUGCUGGUGUAGGUGCGGUGUGUAUACCUGAUGAACAAAAA